UUUUAUUUCUCUUCUUAUGAGACAAUAGCUCCCUUUCUUAUAUUGCGCUGUGAUUUUCUGAUCUAGACAACAAUGGGUUUUGCAGCUAAGAGCUAUUGCUCACUUCUUUGCAUGCUGGUUCUUUUAACCACAACCUGUUACUCCCAGGAUAGUUAUACAUGCGCUAGAGCAACUUAUUACGGCAGCCCUGAUUGCUUCGAAACUCCAACUGGAGCUUGCGGGUAUGGUGAAUUUGGACGAAAAGUCAAUGAUGCCAAUGUGGCAGCAGUUUCUAUGUUAUAUAGGAAUGGAUCUGGUUGUGGUGCAUGUUAUCAGGUUAGAUGCAAGAUACCCAAAAUUUGCAGCAAUGAUGGAGUGAAGGUAGUGGCCACAGAUUAUGGCGAUGGAGAUGGGACAGAAUUCAUCCUCAGCUCUCGUGCUUAUGCAAGAUUGGCUGUUCCAAACGCAGCCUUGGAGUUGUUUCCUUAUGAUGUAGUUGAUGUUGAAUAUCAAAGAAUUCCCUGUCGGUACCCAGGUUACAACCUCAAGAUCAAGGUUCACGAGCACAGCAAAUUCCCAGUGUACCUGGCUGUGGUUGUAUUGUACCAAGCUGGCGUAUAUGACAUCACUGCUGUGGAAGUGUGGCAGGCAGAUGACCUAGAAUGGAGGUGCAUGAGGAAGUCCUUCGGUACAGUAUGGGACCUACCCAGCCCACCAUCAGGUCCACUUACAUUCAAGGUCCAAGUGAGUGGCAGCGCAGGCACAAAAUGGGUGCAGAUGACUAAUGUUGUUCCCAGUAAAUGGAAGGCUGGGGUUGUGUAUGACACAGCCAUUCAGCUUUCUUAAACAAACCCUUACCCUGCAAACUCCCUAUCCUUAUAUAUAGAAUAAUUAUCAAUUCCUAGUUGCAUAUCAAGUAUUAAUUCCUAGUAGUUUUGAUUCACUGAAGUAGUUUUUGUUCUCUAGACUAGAGCUAGUAUUCUAUAACUUUCUCAAUAAAGGGUUGGUUUGCACUAAGUUGAAAGA